UUCGCCAGGCCACGUGUUGAAGGGCGUCGUGCGGCCAAGCGAGAAUCUGCGCGUCGGCGGCGAGCCGAUCCACAAUACCGUGCGGAAGCUGCAACCGAGAAGAGGCGUCGUCGAGUCGAAGAUCCCGAGUUUCGAGAACGAGAACAUUUCAGAGAGCGUUGGCAACAGGAAGCGAUGCGAAAUCAACCACUUCUGCGGCUCUCCAUCUUGGCCGGGUGCCUGUUGUGCCAAAGAACGGGCCCUCACGUGUGCCAGCCCCGCGAAGUGAGCGAGUACUACACUUUCACUGGCAUGGCCAAUUACGUCGUCUCACAGCAGAAACACAUUCGCUUCUACAACACCGUUCUCGAGGUCACAAGUGUAUGUUCAGUGGAAGGCACUCAGCAAUACUACCAGAUUAUAUUCACCAUCGCACCGACUUACUGCAACUCUCGUAUCAAGUACGACAUUCUAGUCUGCAAGCCCAUCACCACAGAAGCAAUAGGGAAGUGCCUGGCAUUUGUGAAGGGUGAACCGUCGGACCAACAGUGGAAUGUUACGUACUUCUCUUGCACGGCUCCCGACCGACCAGACGCUGUUCUCUCACCGAGAGCCUAAUAAUAAGUUCAUU